UACCAAUGUUGUGUCGCAAUAACGUAUUAUGCCUGUUUUAAUGCUUAGCUUGGUGUGGUGAUACAUGGUUCAUUGUCAUUGUUUCAGUAAACUAAAAUGCCUAGAAAAAAUAGACUACAGAAUCUUACUGAUGAAGAAAAAAAGUUAAGGCGGCGUGAACAAAAGAAAUUAAGUAUGCGUCGAGCGCGGGCUAAGUUAACUGAAGCUGAUGUUGAAGAGAUACGCAAAAAAGAUCGCGAAAGGUACCAUAAGAAAAAGGAUAGAGGAGAUAUCAAAACUAUUGAUCAAUAUACACCGAGACAACAGCGUCAAAUAAGAAAAAUGUGGCGCGAAAAAUCAAAGAAACGGCGAGAAUUAUUAAAAAUGCGAAAAGCUACUGACGCACUCAUACAAGAAGAUACUCCACCAUCAAGUCCAUCUGCAUCAUUCUCGCGAGUUGAAUCUGGACGUGCAGUAGCUGCCCGAAACAAAAGAGCAAGACUAGCUGAAAAUGAGGUUUUAAAGAAAAAGGUAUUACACAUGGGGAAAGUAAUUAAAAAAUAUAGAAUGAGAAUACGAAGACUAGAAGAAAGAAAACAGAAAGCGUCAAAGUCGAGUUCUAAAAAUAAAGUCUUAAAAACGGAUAUCAGGAAAGCUGUGCAUGAUUUUUUAAUGGAUGAUGAAUAUAGUAGAUUAACUGCAGGUAAAAAUGAAACAAUAACUAGGAAUAAAAACUCUGAUGAUUCUGAUGAAAUUUUUACUCAGAAUCUCCCAUUGCGUCUCAACAAAAGACCCAGGUUUUCAUCAAGCUCUGAUGAUGUGUCUUUACCUAAACACGAUGAGAGAUCGAGGUUCCGAUCAGACUCUGAUGACUCUGAUGUAAUUUUCACUCCACGACAUCGUCAUCCAUUACCCACAGACAGCAGUGGUGAAGGUGACUUCAUUGUACGACCUCAGCAGUCUCAAAAACCGUUUGUCGAUCCCUACACUGAUAGUGACAAUGACGAAUAA